AUGGAUGGACAGGAUGGAGGAUGGAUAGUGGAUGGACAGAUGGAUGGAAUGGAUGGAGGACAGUGGAGGGAAGGUGGACAGAUGGAAGGUGGAGGAGGUGGAGAUGGAGGUGGAAGGAUGGAGGGGGAUGGAGGAAGGAUGGAGGUGGAGGGAGGAUGGAGGUGGAAGGAUGGAGGAAGUGGAUGGAGAUGGAUGGAUGGAGGAAGGGAUGGAGGGAUGGAUGGACACGGACAGAUGGAGGAAGGAGACGUGGACAGACGGAUGAAUGGACAGAGGCGGAGUGGACAGACGGAGGCGUGGAUGAGGACGACAGACGGACGCGGACGUAGACGACGAAGAUGGACGGACGGACGGAGGACGGAAGGAUGA